UGGAUAGGAUGAAUCCUAAAUUACAACAUGGCGACGGAGGGAGGAGGGAAGGAGAUGAACGAAAUUAAAACCCAGUUUACUACCAGGGAAGGUGUUUAUAAAGUGUUGACCCACUCUGAAUACAGCCGGCCCAAUAGGGUGCCUUUUAAUUCUCAAGGAUCCAAUCCAGUCAAGGUGUCAUUCGUAAAUGUGAACGACCAGUCCGGCAAUGGGGACAGAAUCUGCUUUAAUGUGGGCCGGGAGCUGUACUUUUACAUUUACAAAGGCAUAAGGAAGGCUGCAGAUUUAAGCAAACCUAUAGACAAGCGGAUAUACAAGGGAACACAGCCCACCUGCCACGAUUUCAAUCAUCUGACAGCUACAGCCGAAAGUGUCUCGCUCCUUGUGGGCUUUUCUGCAGGACAGGUUCAACUUAUAGACCCUGUAAAGAAAGAAACUAGCAAGUUAUUUAAUGAGGAAAGGUUAAUAGACAAGUCACGAGUAACUUGUGUAAAAUGGGUGCCUGGCUCGGAAAGCCUCUUCUUAGUAUCUCAUUCCAGUGGCAGUAUGUACUUGUAUAAUGUGGAACACUCUUGUGGGACCACUGCACCACAUUAUCAGCCACUGAAACAAGGAGACAGUUAUGCAGUUCACACUUGCAAAAGCAAAUCUACACGAAACCCUUUACUCAAAUGGACAGUUGGUGAGGGGGCACUGAAUGAAUUUGCAUUCUCUCCAGAUGGGAAGUACCUUGCUUGUGUUAGUCAGGAUGGAUUUCUUCGUGUGUUUAACUUUGAUUCUGUUGAACUACAUGGCACAAUGAAAAGUUACUUUGGAGGACUGCUGUGUGUAUGCUGGAGUCCGGAUGGAAAAUAUAUUGUAACAGGUGGAGAAGAUGAUCUGGUGACCGUGUGGUCUUUUACUGAUUGUCGUGUAAUAGCCAGGGGACAUGGACAUAAGUCAUGGGUCAGCGUUGUUGCAUUUGACCCUUAUACCACUAGCGUAGAAGAAAAUGAUCCCAUGGAGUUCAGUGGGAGCGAUGAGGAUUUCCAAGACCAAAUACACUUUGGCAGAGAUCGAGCAAAUAGUACACAGUCUAGGUUGUCCAAAAGGAAUUCUACAGACAGUCGUCCUGUGAGUGUCACUUAUAGGUUUGGCUCUGUGGGCCAAGACACCCAGCUAUGUUUAUGGGAUCUAACAGAAGACAUCCUGUUCCCUCAUCAACCUCUUUCACGUGCUCGGACACACACAAAUGUGAUGAAUGCCACAAGUCCAUCAGGUGGAAAUGUUACAACCAGUACUGGAAGCAAUGGUAACAGUAGCAUCACAACAACACCCAGCAACUCCUUACCUCCUCCUCUUCCUCGAUCAAAUAGUCUACCGCACUCUGCCGUUUCGAAUGCCAGUAACAAAAGCAGUGUCAUGGAUGGUGCAAUUGCUUCAGGAGUCAGUAAAUUUGCGACUCUAUCACUACACGACCGCAAGGAAAGACAUCAUGAGAAGGAUCACAAACGAAAUCACAGCAUGGGUCACAUUUCCAGCAAAAGCAGUGACAAACUAAAUCUAGUCACCAAAACUAAAAUGGACUCUGCCAAGACUCUGGGAACUUCUCUCUGCCCUAGAAUGGAUGAUGUACCCUUGUUAGAGCCUCUUAUCUGUAAAAAGAUAGCACAUGAAAGACUGACUGUUUUAAUAUUUCUUGAAGACUGUAUAGUCACUGCCUGUCAGGAGGGAUUUAUUUGCACAUGGGCAAGGCCUGGUAAAGUGGGCUUGUCAUCCCAAAACCAAGCCAAUUCGCCGAGUGGGACUGUAGUAUAGCUGUCGCAUACUGCUUGCAAACCUUCGCUACAGGAUAAGAAGUAAUGACAUUGGAGCCAGGAGCUGGUCUUCAGCCACAGCGCUUUUCAAAUUUUAUUAUAGUGGUGAUUUUGUUCGGGAUUCUGCUGUGAAUUGUGUAGAGCUAACACUGGGGAACAAUGACUGAAAACUGUUGACAUGGGUAUAUCUAUUCCACUAACACGGACAACUGCUAGCUCCAAGGACCUGUUCCCUUGGUGUUAGCAGUUUUAAAAAUAAACCAAAAACUGUUUUACAAAUCUUAACUUUAUAUCUUUCUUUGGUCUUUUCAGAGUUGAUGUAGUUUAAUCAAAUGUAUAGUGAAAAUAUAUUAAAACAAAACUGUUCUAUUCACAGUACAUCAAUUCUGAAUUUUUAUCUCACUUAAAUCCUUUGCACUGAGUUUUUUGCUUUUCAUUUUUAAAUUGAAAUUGGUUGGAAGGCAGCUUGGAAAGCUCUCGGUAGAAUUGAGUCAUUGCUUACAGGCUUGAAUUUGAGAUUCGGGAGAUGGAUAUUGCAAUCAUAGAUUUAUAUUAAAAUAAAGUUGCACUUAAUAGUUAAAUGCAAGUAGAGAGAUACUCAUGGGAUGUGCAAAAACUCCUGGAACAGGUGUGUUGUGGACAAUUUUUUUUUCCUGUAUCUAUUAAACUUUAUUUUAAUAUUGUUUCAAAUUGAACCAACAAUGUACUAUAUGUAUAAAUAUUGUUCAUGUCCUGGAGCAAUGAUUAUUUACUCUAGUUGAAGUUUUGUUUUAAUGAAAGUAGUUUCUAAUUCAGAAAAUUAUAUACAUAAUCUGGAUAUAGUUUUUCUGUUCAUUUUGGUUGUAAAAAGAGUACAUUUGGCUGUAAUUUAAUUUUGUUGAAUUAAUUGUUUGGUACAACAGGAAAUCUUUGUAUUUAAAAAAACAAUAAAGGUUAUAUCAGCUGUAGGGUCCUCUAUCAGUGAGUAUUUUAAAUCUCUGAGCUUUGUAUUUCUGUGGUUGAUGCAUCGCCAAGGCCCAAAAGUUAGCAGAGGGACCUACUAAAUUCCAAUUCGUGACAGCUAUAUUGAGGAAUUGGUUGAUGUAUUUCCUUUUGUGGGUUAGAAUUGCUGGAUCAUGACAGACCUUCAUCAUUGUAAGAAAUUUAGGAUGUGCCAAAUGUUUUACAUUUGUCAUAGUCUAAUUAGGAAUUGCUCUAGGUUGGGUUAUGUUGCAUCAUUAUAAAUUUGCUGUACAUAUUGAUGCUUAUUUCUUGGAAGAAUGUAAAAGUACAGGCAAAGCUUGAAUAAAUACCUUGCGUACUUCUUGAUUCAUUUUUAUUUUACUUGGGUCUUUUUAACGUGUAUUUUAACCUUUUUGGGAUGAAAUUUUUGUGCACUUUUUGCUAAGUACAAAAAAUGAAUUCACUAAUUAUGAUUUUCUAGUAUUGAUGCUUCUGGCAGGUCCAUUUAUAAUUUCACUUCAAUGAAAACUGACAAACAUCUGCACUAAUCUACUGCUAUAUCAAAUGGAAAGUUGGAGCCAGAUGCAUAGUCCAGUGUCCAAUAAUAAUCAGAUGUAAUGUGUGAACUGG